AUGCCGAAACCUCCUCGCCGAAUCCACUCAAAUGUCUCACUCGGACCAUACGAGGAGUCUGACCCAGAGAACAUAGUCCUCAGGCCACUGAACAAUCUGCAUGAUGUCGUCCGUCAGAUGGUAUAUGAAGUACGCAAUCAUGAAUCUACCAUCGCUUCGCUCAUAACAUGGGCCGAAACGAUUGACCCAAACACGUAUCGCAAACAAGUCCCCUGGCCCAGGGAGCUUGUUGAGGCCUUCGAUAGAUACAAGCAUCUUGUUGAUAUGAUUGGUCCACGAUUGACCGCGUUCAAGGAAUAUGAAAAUCGUACAAACAAGCCUACGAAGGUGAGGAAUUCACCGGAAGUUAGGAUGAAACGUUUUGAACUGGCCAUCGAAUGGGGUAGAGCUGCAAUGAGCGCAGCUGAGGGACGGAUUCAUGUCCUCGUUACCUACCGGAAUGCGUACGACAAUAAGCGGUCUAUCCAAACCCAUAUCCAGCAGGCAAGUGACACUUUGCAAAGCGCCAGAGCCGCAGUGGAUGCCGCAGGCGACAAUUACCGUGCAUACUGGCGGGGCAUGGCCGCUGGGAAGCCUCGUAGCUCUGUUCUGACAAGCGACACGUUUAGUGAUGGUUCAGACUAG